ACUAGAACACUUCACUUCCUGACACGAAGAAGACAAAGGACUCUACUUUCAAAUGUGUCAGUAUUGACUGAAGUGAAACUUCACUCUCAGGCGGUUUCUUGGAAUUUUUAUCGGCAAAAAACCAAACUGUACUAUCUCACAUUUUCUAUUUUAUAUUCUGUACAUCUUGUCAUGGGAAUCAAAACCGGAUCCGAUGUUAGGUAAUAGCUGUCAGUAGCUAACAGCAGCGAUGUCCUCAGAGCGGCAGGGACAGGUUGGAGAUCUGAGGACCCGCAGCAUAGAGGAGCUCCAGGAGCUACUGCUCCGGCAGGAGAACAUCCUUUCUAACAAGAGAUUGCUGCGGACUCUCCCCGACAAAGGACAAAAGAUCAAAGAGUUUGCAGAGAAGGUCCGCCUUGCCAUUGAACAGCGAGAUGAAGAGGAAAGAAGACAGAGAUUGGUGUCUGCUGCCAGAGCCCAGUUACAGUCCAAGUAUCAGCAAGCCUUCUCAGGCCAGCAACGUGCUGUACCCUUUACCCCAGAAGCUUUGUGCCUAGAUGAAGAAAAUGAAGGUCCUGCAGGGGAUGAUACACAGGAACAGGAAAACAACGCUGUGGACAAGCAGUGUGACUCCACAGCAGGGAAAAUGGAGUCCAAAGAAAGUGAACUUGUGCAAGCCUUGGACAGAGUUACACUGUAUGAAGAAGGUUCUGGUGACUGUAAAGAACAAAUGAACAGCGAAUCAGAAGAUAAUUACUUUUCUCGAAAACAGACAGCUAAAAAACCCAACUAUAUAACAGUUCUAGAAAAAACAGAGGUGUCUGCAGCAACUAAGAAGCAAAAAUUUAAACCCAAUCAACUACCCCACAGAAAUGAUGGCUCUCCAUUGGGAUCUUUGUCUCCUGGGCGGGCCUCUGGGACUGCGUCUCCGCUCUCUGCUCAGGCCAGGAGGGAACGUGACAGGAAGCACCUGGAUGACAUCACUUCAGCUAAACUCCCUCCGCUUCGUCACAGUCCAGCACAGCUUCUGUCUUUAGACGAGUCGGCUGCACUCGUCAGAGAACAGACAAAGAAACAGCAGGAGCUGCAGGCCAAACAGGCUGCCCAGAAACUAUCUGAAGGACUGAAGAGCUCUUUGGGGAGCUACACUCCUGACGGUGGCCCCAUGGCUGCAUACAGAGAGGUCCACGAUGAAGGAGCCCACCUCUCUUCAGAGGAAGACUGAUUCUGGAUGGACAGCUUGGGAAAACAGUGUAACCUUGGCCUCUGGAGUAAACAGCCUUUGGACCUCAUGGUUUAACAUUA